UUUUCCAAAGCCAAGAACGCUGAGGCAAGAAAACUUCUACCCUUUACCUCUUUCUCUUCGUCUAGUAGACCCCUUACUACUACGCCCAUCGGGGCUGUUUCGACGAUCAGCAACGCCGGCGUUCGAUUCACGACCCACCCACAAGCUUCACGCCACGACCCACCCACAAGCUUCACGCCACGACCCACGCAAUCAAACCCCUCCGGCCACCCGAUUCCUGACAACGGCAAGCUCUCUUCGACGGCGAACAAGUUCUAUCACCUCUGUGGUGGCUUGUCCUUGCUCCGCAGCGGCGCGCUAAUCUCGGCGCCCAGUAGGGAAUCGCCGCCCGGCACUGAUUUUUUCUUUUCUUGGGCUAGUUUCUGAAUUUUGCAAUCCAACUAAAUCUCUGCAAAUUCCAAUGGGAAGUGGGAGGAAGAAGAAGCGUACUGAGUAUUCAGAGCCUUCUUCAUCGUCACCGUCCUCUUCAGAUAACUCGGACAGCUCUUCUAUGCGGUCGCGCCGCCAUGGCCGCAGUGGCAGUUCAAGGAGGGAGAAGGACAAGAAGCGAGAGUCGAGGAUUAGAGAUAGGGAGAGGAAGAGAAAAGAUAGGAAUAGGGAGAGAGAUAGAAAGAUGAGAAAGAAGAAAUUGAGAAGGGAGGCCAAGAGAAAGAGGGAUGAUUAUGGAUCUGAAAGUGAUGCUGAGUCCUCACGUUCAGGGAAUUCUAGUGAUAGCGAGUUUGAGAGGCGGAAGUUGGGAACUAUUGAGCCUGAAGUGGUUGUACGCGAGCUUCUGAAGGAAUUUCCUGAUGUUGGGAAUGAUUUAAAACAGGUAUUUUCCUUCAAGUUCUGCUUGCUUUCGUUUUGUUCGGAUAAUAUUUUUCAUUUGACAUUGUUGUGGUUAACUAAUCAUAUUUCAUCUCAGGUUGCAAGAAUUAUGGAUGUUGAGGGAGAUAGUCCAUAUGACAUUUUCGGAUUGAACCGAAACCUUUCUAUUGAAAAUAUUAAAAAGAGGUAUUGGAAGAUGUCACUUUUAGUGCAUCCAGACAAAUGCUCUCAUCCUCAGGCCAACCAAGCUUUUAUUAGAUUGAAUAACGCCUUUAAGGAAUUACAAGAUCCUGAUAAGCGGAAGGCACUGGAUGACAAAAUUAAAUUCAAGGAGGAACAGGAGCAAUUUAAAGUUGAGUUAAGAGGUAUGCGUGAGGCUGCAAAAUGGAGAAAAUCACAAGGAAUAUCAAUGGAGGGUGAUGAUGAACUCCUUGCGAACAUGGAUGAUGAAGUUAAAGUAGAACCAAAAAGAGAUGAAUGGAUGACAAGCCUACCUCCUGAAAGAAAGCCUGGCAUGACUAUGCAAUCUUCUAGAUUUAGCAAGGGCUCCAAGGAAGGCCGUGGCGACACUAGUGUUUGGACAGAUACACCUUCCGACAGAGCUCAAAAAGCGAAGACAAGUUAUUUGGAAGCAUACAACGAAGCCGCUGCACUUGCUUCAAACGAAGAAGCAAAGAAGAAUAGUUCUGAAUCCGCUUUAGUCGACAAAUAUAAUCGAGAAAAACGCUCCAAACCGCUCAUAGAGAAGCAUCGUGAAGGGGCGAGAAGCAGUGGAAAGAAAAAAUCAAAGCAGCAGGUGGGAGAGAAAGAAGAAGAGUGGGUGGGAAAACAUCCAUGGAAGCCUUGGGAUCGUGAGAAGGAUUUAACUGCUGGUAGGAAGACCAUAAAUUUCGAUCCUGAGAACAUGGCUCAAGGCUUGGGCUCCAGGUUUUCUUCAGGAAGCUACCAAAGGAAUUUCUUAUGAGUUCAAUUGCGUUCUUACAUUAGCCCGACGGUAGGCAAGUUUCACAAGUGAUAAUCCAGACUUGUUUUUCUUAUUCUCUCCACCACCCUGCAGUCAAUAAAAUUGUGUGACAAGCGACUAAGUUUACAAUAAUGUAUGGUGGAUCUAAAAUUAACUUUC